AUGGCAACUCCUUCCACCUUCUCCUCUCCUUUCUUUCUCCUGUGCGUGUUGGUUCUGUCUGACAUCAGUCUUGCAGUCUCCCUGAACCCUAGCACAAAGCUCAAAAAUGUCCCAGAGAACAACAACCACCUUCAAAAUCAAGAGGUGUGGCUACAGCAGCCCAAAAGUGGGCACCACCACAAGCAUGGCUUGGCCAAGAAGGAGAGGGUCCAUGCCAUGCCUUCGAGAGCACGUCUGGCCGGGGAAGAGGCUCUCAGGAUGGGCAGUGGAGCUUCAGCUGUGGAUGAGCUGGUGGCAGAGGGACAGCCAGCAGCCCUAAAACAGAAUAAGGAUGCGUUCCUGGGGUUUGAGUUCCCAUACCCCGAGAGGGAGAACCAGUCCCCAGGCUCUGAGAGAGUGAAGAAGCAGAAUCGAGAGCAUCGGCGCCACAGCCGCCGGGACAGGCUGAAACACCACCGAGGGAAGACUCCUGAUGCUGGGCCAAGCUCCCUGUACAAGAAACCUGAAAGCUUUGAAGAACAGUUUCAGAACCUCCAGGCAGAGGAAGCCACAAGUCUGACCCCCACCACGCUCAUCAUCACUGCACUGGACCUAGCUGUUUCCACAGAGGAGCCUCCUGUUCUUCCAGCCACCUCGCCACGGUCACAGGCUCGCCUCAGGCAAGAUGGGGAUGUGAUGCCCACCCUAGAUAUGGCACUCUUUGACUGGACAGAUUAUGAGGAUCUCAAACCAGAAAUGUGGCCGUCUGCUAAAAAGAAAGAAAAACGUCGCAGUAAGAGCCCCAGUGGUGGAAAUGAGACUGUGACAGCUGAAGAAGAGCCAUGUGAUCACCACCUUGACUGCCUCCCAGGUUCCUGCUGUGACUUGCGUGAACACCUCUGCAAACCACACAAUCGAGGCCUUAACAACAAGUGCUAUGAUGACUGUAUGUGCACUGAGGGGCUGCGCUGCUAUGCCAAAUUCCAUCGGAACCGAAGAGUGACCCGGAGGAAAGGGCGUUGUGUGGAGCCUGAGUCGGUCAACGGGGAGCAGGGAUCCUUCAUCAAUGUCUAG